AUGCGCCGCAUACUGACGCUGGGAACGGAAUACUUCAAGAUGUUCUGGCGUGUAGUGGAGCUCGUGCUGUCCUUGUUGGCUCUGGCGGAAAUCGGGGUUCACCUUUAUACCGCCUACCUGAUUCUCGGCUUCAACAAAGUUAGAGUCCAGGAUAAUGACAACAGUGGAGAUCGUAGAUACAACAAGUACAAACAAGCUGCAAGCUGGGAGAAAAUCAACACGUACAUUCUCGGCUGGCUGGUCUGUGUGGCGUGUUUGAAGAUGCUGUACCUCUGCCGAUUCAACAAAAGGAUCGCGCGUGGACCAAAAGUAACGAGAAAGGCACUGAAACCGUUGCUCAGCUUCAUAGUUGUAUUUAGCUUUUUGUUCAUGGCGUUUUGUAUGCUCGGGUUUCUGGCUCUCGGCUCCAGGCUGAGUCUGUACAGCACUUUCGUCGGAACCAUGCAGACUUUGUUUUCUGUCAUGCUCGGAAAAAUGGACUACUACUCGGUAGAGUCGGCAGGCGGCGUCCUCGGACCGCUGAUGCUGUUCUGCUUCGUCUUGUUUUUCCCCAACGUCCUGGUCAUGAUGUUUCUGGCCAUUUUUGACGACGCCUUCCAAGAAGUCAUCGAGGAGGAAGAGAUCAGUGGGAAGUCAGAAAACGAGAAAAUCAAAGACUACGCCGUUCAUCUGUUUAGAAAGUUUGUAUUGAAGAACACGGAUGAGGAAUUUUUUACUGUAAAUCAGACAUGUGUGACGGACAUUGCCGAAACGAGAGACAGGCCUUCGGCUGAAACUGUUCCUAAAAUACACAUAAAUGGAAUAUCAAGAAUAUCAGUGAUGGAUUCUACUUACGAGGCGAUGGAAAUGGCGGAAACAGACGAUUUGACCCUGGUUACCCCCAUCCCGUGA